CUGAUUCCAGCCUCGAUUUAAUAAUCGCAUGUAGCAAGAAGCCUACCUUCAGAUCGGUCGACAGAUCAUUUGUCCGUAAUUCAACUAAAGAGCCAAACAAAAUACACUAUAAACACUCAAAGAAAAAAAAGUCAUAGAAGGCGCUGAUUGUGGUGAUUUCUUCAGACAGUGAAAUGGCAGAAUCCAGCAUCUCAUUGGCUAAGGAUCAGUUCAGCUGUCCAGUGUGUUUGGAUCUCCUGAAGGAUCCAGUGACGAUUCCCUGUGGACACAGUUACUGUAUGAGCUGCAUCUCAUGUUGCUGGGAUGAGGAGGAUUGUAAGCAAAUCUACAGCUGUCCUCAGUGCAGACAGACCUUCACACCAAGACCUGUUUUAGGUAAAAAUGUGGUGUUUGCUGAAAUGGUGGAGAAGCUGAAGAAGACGAGACUCCAGUCUGCUGCUCCUGUAGUUCAGCACACUGGAUCUGGAGAUGUUCAGUGCGACUCCUGCACUGGAGUCAAACAGAAAGCAGUGAAAUCGUGUCUGGAGUGUCGAAGCUUGUACUGUCAAAAUCAUCUUGAACAGCAUGAGAAUCUCUUCAGCAGUAAAAACCACAAUCUGAUGGAUGCCACUGAACAACUCCAGGAGAUGAUCUGCCCUCAACAUCAUAAAAUGCUGGAAAUUUUCUGCCGUACUGACCAGCAGUGUAUCUGUAUGCUGUGUUUGGUGGAUGAACACAAAAAUCAUGACACUGUAUCAACUGCAGCAGAAAGGAAUGAGAAACAGAGACAUUUGGAGGAAAAACAGAGAAAAUUCCAAAAGAUAAUUAGUCAGAAAGAGAAAGAUCUUCAGCAGCUGAGAGAGGCUGUGAAAACUCAUAAGCGCUCUGCACAGACAGCAGUGGAGGACAGUGAGAGGAUCUUCACUGAACUCAUCCGCUCCAUUGAGAAACAUCGCUCUGAGGUGAAGCAGCUGAUCAGAGAUCAGGAAAGAGCUGCAGUAAGUCGAGCUGAAGCACAACUAGAGGAACUGAAGCAGGAGAUUGAUGAGCUGAAGAGGAGAGACAUUGAGCUGAAGCAGUUUUCAGAAACACAGGAUCAUGUUAAUUUCCUUCAGAGUUGGCCUCCUGUCUCUUUCUCUGAAUCUACAGACGGCUUCACUGCCAGUUCUCAUCUCUCUUUUGACAAUGUAGUGAAGUCAGUCUCUCAACUCAGAGACAAACUGCAGCAGUUCUGCAGAGAGACUAUAGACAACAUAUCUGGAACAGUGAAAACCAUCCAGAUCAUUGGUGCUUCUGAAUAUCAGACCAGAGAAGAGUUUCUACAAUAUUCUUGUCUGUUGACUGUGAAUGCAAACACAGUGUCUAACUGGCUCCAUCUGUCUGAAGAAAACACAGUGGUGACUGUUCCUGGCACACUUCAGUGUUAUCCUGAUCAUCCAGACAGAUUUGAUUCUUGGGCCGAGGUGUUGUGUAGAGAGAGUGUGACUGGAUGCUGUUACUGGGAGGUGGAGUGGAGUGGUGAUGGGAGGUUAGGAGUUGAUGUAGCAGUGACGUAUAAGAGCAUCAGCCGGAAGGGAAAUGGUCCUGACAGCGCAGCUGGACGUAAUGAUCAGUCCUGGAGUUUGUUCUGCUCUCCAGACUGUUGCUCAUUCUGGCACAAUAACAUUGAGACAGUCCUUCCUGUAACCCGUGUGUCCAGUAGAAUAGGAGUGUAUGUGAAUCACAACGCAGGGAUUUUGUCCUUCUACAGUGUCUCAGACACAAUGAGUCUCAUCCACAGAGUCCAGACCACAUUCAGUCAGCCGCUCUAUGUCAUGUUUGGACUAGAUAGACAGACAGUGGUAAAACUGUGUCCCAUAACCAAUUAAAUCAAACAGGGUCUAAAAAUUAUUUUUGUUAUACGACAUGAUGAAUCAGUAAGAUGUCAUGGGCUUUAUUGUCUAAUCAGAAAUGCCACUAAUGAACAAAUAUGACUUAACUCCUGUUUUACUGUCAUUUUUGUUUUUUGUUUUUUUAAAUAAUGUAAACGCAAUGUAAUGAAACUAACAAAAUAUUUUUAUGAAAUAUAUAAUCAUUCACAGUGAAGGGUGGAGAAAAUAACUGAACUUUUGAAUUUAGUAACAAAAGCUAAACAUUUUCAAAGGGUUCAGCAAACGUAUUCUUACAAAGGGUUGUCUUUUGCAUGCUCGUAAUACACAUGGGUUUCAAUGUAAUUUUCCUUUUUCUAACUUUUGGUGUUUUGUUCAAAAGAAAUUGUACUUGAUGUUAACAGGUGUUUUUUUUUUUUUUUUUUUUUUUUUUUUGAUGGUUCAAAAACAACAAACAUUAAAU